AUGCGGUCCCCGGAGAUGUCACAUAGCCCCGCCUAUUAUCAGAAUCCAGGACCUUUUGGAACGACACAUCCUCGCUCGAUCGUCACCCCUCCACCGGCUGCUCGUCGAUCUCAAGAACAAUCCUCUGUAUUGGGGCACCCCAUAGGUGGAUCCCGAUCCUCGUCUCCUCUACCGAGCCGCGACGCCAGUCCGCGCUCAUCCGUCUCACGGGCACAACGUGUAUACCAUAACCAGACACUGGGUGGAUCUUCCUGGCCCGGUUCAGACCCUCAAGAGACCGAUACCGUUCCGGCUGGCUCGACAUCAAGUGGUGCAUACAAAGAAGAGCGAGCCCAGAGCAGCUGGGCAGAUCGACCGUCAUUAAUGCCAGGGGAACAUUCCAACCCCAGCAUAAUUCGUGUCCGAAAACGAGCCAUUCCAGAUGACGAAUUAGUCACCAAUGAGGGUCAUGAUGCUCUCCUGAUGCUGUUCCGUCUCACAAUCAUCCCAUUCUACUCGUUCGGCGCUUCUCUAUAUACCAUCUUCGCACUCUUUUUCGCCGUCUUUGUGUCACCUUUCCGUCUCUGCUCAUUCUCCCCUUACCUUCGCGCAACAACAUUCACAUCCCAAGUUUGUGACCUUCUUUCUCCUGUCCUCCACAUCCAUGAACGGCUCGUUUGCUUGCAGCCACCAUCAGUGGAAGACCGAUCAUCCUCGACGCAGUCGACCCAAUGGAUCCGCUCAGAGCCAGAUUCGGACCAACAGUCAGUCCUGUCGGAGCCGAGCGAGGUUUAUACUGUGAUUGGUUCAUUUUUCGUUCUGGUCCUAUCCCCAUUAUUCAGCAUUGUUAUUCUCCUUUUCGCAUGGACAGCCGCAUUUUUUUGGGUUUUCUCCAUGGUCCUGGGCAACCCGGAUGGCACCGAGCGCAAGGAUGACGGCCGCACCGCCGUUCUUGGAGUCUGCAAAUGGUGGCGGACAUGGCUUUGCAAAGCACGGAAAUCAUAA